AUGGCUUGCCGUGACGUAUUGGAUAUCGUGACAAGGCGCCCAAAUUUAUGGACGCCGAACUGGUUGAAUGACUUGGGAGAAGGUGAUUCCGGUUCUUCUGCUCUUUCACCCGUUGCAUCGUCAUCAAUAAGAAUAUUUCGACUGCAACUCGCAGCCGCUGGCGGGCCAGGAAAAAGCCUAUACAACAACAUGUCACUUCCUUCUCUUCGCCACCUCGUCAUCGAAUCUGAGGACGGCGAUGUUGUUAGGCACCGACGGGAAAUCAUGACAUUAUCCUCUUCUGUGCACGGCGUGGCUGGGAAAUCGGGCAUUCAGCUCGCCAGCCGUCGUUGGUUUCCUUCUUGCAAAGAAGCAUUCGGGACAAAGAUACACCACACCACGCCUGGGUUCCUUUGCGGAAUGGCUUCGUUGACUCGUUGGAGGGAGAGAUUUCCAAAUCUCCGAUAUUUCUACUUAACAAAGGCAUCAGCCUCGCACAAACCCUUUCAUGAAGGUGUCUCCAUGACACCAGGGGAGUGGACAGAUCUGAUGGCCACUACUGUUCGGGCAAUCGUCGAGGAGUACGGGGGAGCAACGGUGGCGAAGGAGGAUGGGUUGAUGAUUCAGCUGAAUGAUGAGCUGGGCAAAAGAAGGAGCCGAGCGAAAUAUACGAACAACUUGCUCAGGAAUAUCCAGAUGUGGUAG